AUGGCCAGUACUGCGCACUACCAUAAUGAAGAUACUGGUAUUGAUUUGGCAGACCAAAAAUCAAGUUUCAAAUACAUCGAAGAUAGGAUAAUACCGCAGUUACUUUCAAAGGAUGAGGGUGUAUUAUCUCUUGUGAAGUUCCGCAAAGUGACGAAGAACGAUAAAAUUAAAUUGAGCAUCGAUACUUUGAGCAAGAUAGACCUCAAAUCUAAUAUACUGUCUCUAUGUGCAUACGGACCUCAUAUCCAGAAAUUGCUCAGUAUUGUAGAAAUAUUCAAGGGCACACUGAAGGGUGGCGAUCCAUUUAAGCAGUGGAACGCCAUAAACAGCUUUGAGGUGGUGAAACCAGGAGUUAACGAACUUUUAGACAAGAAGCUGAAAGUCCCCAUACUGUUCAUUUUCAUUACAAUGGAUGAGAGCAUGUUUUCUAGUCCAGUGUUUAAAAAGAACAACACAGGAUUCACAGAACAACCUAUAUAG